AUGAGUGCGCAGCCAUCAGCAAACGCAAAAAACUCAAUAAUACCUGAUGUUGGGUGUGAGGAUCGAUGCUUCAUAACUGGGAGCAGAUAUAACGGUGUUUUGACGGAGCCGUUGAAUUGUAUGGACGGCUACGGGACGUAUCGCUUCCCUGAUGGAGGCUACUAUAGUGGUUACUUUUCCAGAGGAGUGUUUCAUGGUCAAGGAACUUUGCGAUUGGCGCCGCCGUAUAAUUUAACAUAUAAGGGCGUUUUCCAUAAAGGGGCGCUGCAAGAAAUUCAGGAGAUGUGGUUUGCUGACGGUUUGUUCGUUAAUGCCAGACGUAAGGGCUGGGAAAUGGACUUCAGUCGAUGGACUUAUUGUACCAAUAUCGAUCGCCGUUUCGUCGACGAACAUGUUAAUGGACUACGGCCAGUGGGACCAGAGGCCUUACUAACUGCCCGUCAUCCACCACGCACGUUACCACCAACUUUUUUUGAUGUUGAAGAGGGCUUCUACAAUCCAAAUAAUAAACUAAUCACACGUCGCCCACCACCAUUCAAGGACAUGGUUUACGUUGGCUGUCAAGGUGCUGCCGAUUGGAUUUUGAAAUCAUGCCGCCGUGGCUCGAAGCUUCCUCCAUAUGUAGCGCCCGAUAUUUGUCAGCAUAUUAUACGCAAUAAUCUAAAUAGUGAGAGCAGUUUAUACGCUCACUCUACCAGAUGCCAAUACAAUCAAGAGGUACAGCGUAAAUAUUACUUUGACAAGAUUUGUAAGACGCCCAAAAAAUUGGAAGAUUUAUCGGAUGAUUCUAAAGAGUUUGCCGAAUUUCCAAUGUCAAGAAGCACUUCGUUCGCUUCUACAUUCUCCACAACUUCUGUUGAGGUAGACUUGCAGGAGCAGUUGGUUACCAGCGAACAAUAUGAGCGCUAUAUGAACGAACAUGUAGAAACUGAUGCAACUGUUUAUAUAAAUGUACCCGACGUAAAUUGACAAUAUUUACAAGUGUCUGCUUAUAUAUGUUUUAUAGGUAUGUGAAUAUACGUGUAUUUGAAAUAAAAUAAAACU